AUGGCAUUGACUAAACCAAAGAAACGGAAAAAGAAAGCUGUGAAAAUUAAAGUGGCAGACACAAAGGAGGAGGAAGAAGAUGAAGAACCGGUAAAACCUCCUAAAAAGCCUGCCAAGAAACCUUCCAAGAAACCUCUCCGUAAACCUAAGAAACGUGCUGUGUCUAAAGUUUCUCAGCUAGAGGAGAGUGAAGCUGAAGAAGCUGACACAGAGGAGAGUGAAAUUGAAGUGGAAGAGAAGCCAAAGAAGAAAAUAAUUGAACCAAAGAAACCUAAGAAGAAAGCUGCCAAGAAAAUAAAAGUGGCAGACACAGAGGAGGAUGAUGAUGGUGAAAAACCAUCUGAACCUCCUAAGAAGUCUGCCAAAAAGCCCCUGCCUCCCAAGAAGCCUGCUCGUAAAUCUAAGAAACGAGCAGUGCCUAAAUUUGAGGAGGAAGAGGAGACUGAGGAAGAGCAGCUCGAGAUUAGCCAGUGAGUUUUUACUCCUAACUUUAGUUUUUGGUUAUUGUCAUCACUUAUUUA